CGCCGCUGCCUCCAAACUGCCUGGGGGGUGAUGUGCUGAAGUGGCAGAGGAGAGAGCAGCAUGAGGCUCCAGCUGGAGAAGCAGCUCCUCUUCCUCUCCCUCCUCUGCAUCCUCUCCAAGGUGUGUGCCCAGCUGUGCCGGAGACCAUGCUACUGCCCCUGGGUGCCACCCCGCUGCCCCCGCGGGUCCCCCCUGGUUCUGGAUGGCUGUGGCUGCUGCAAGAUCUGUGCCCGGCGCCUGGGGGAGCCCUGUGACUUCCUCCACGUCUGCGACCAGAGCCAGGGCCUCGUCUGUGACUACAGCACAGCACCGGCCGGGACAGGAGGCACCUGCAACUUCGAGGAUGACGAGGAGGGCUGUGAGGUGAACGGCCGGGUCUAUCGAGAUGGAGAAGUUUUCCAGCCCAGCUGCAAACUCCAGUGCCGCUGCCUGGACGGGGGCUUCACCUGCAUCCCGCUGUGCCAGGAGGACGUGAGGCUGCCCACCCCGGACUGCCCCUACCCACGGCGCGUGGAGAUCCCGGGGAAGUGCUGCCCCGAGUGGAUCUGCGGAGCCCAGGACCAGCACCUCCUCCGGGAUGCCAGGGCAGCCCCCGGGGCAGUGUCCCCAGUGCUGCCAUACCCCUGCCAGGAGUGGGGCACAGAGUGGAGCGCCUGCUCGGCCACCUGUGGCGUGGGCUUUGCCACCCGCGUCUCCAACCAGAACCGCUACUGCCGGCUGGAGACCCAGAGGCGGCUCUGCGUGGUCAGACCCUGCCCCGCCCUGCCCGCGGCAUUCCCGGCGAGGGGAAGAGGAGGUCAUUUGUAGCUGUGCCCACCCUGGUUUCAUCCCGGAGCCAACGCCUCAUCCCGGCAAAGAGUCUGGCACAAACCUAUGGCAUUGUGGUUUUGGUGAAGAUGGAGAAACUAGAGAAGUUUCCAUCGAGAAACUAGAGAAGAACUGAUGGACUUUGGAUGCAAAGGAGGCUGGAAAUAGAGAACAAGAUCCCCCCUCUCACUUAGAACCUGCCUCCUCUGUGCACCCUGCUGCCCCAGGCAGGAUUAGUGGGCAGCAUUCCCGAGUUUCUUAGGCUGAAUGAAAUGGGAAAUGGGGAAACCCUGCCCCAAGCAUGAACCCACCCAAGAAGCCAGGAAUCGGUCCUUUCCUGGAUCAGUGGAGCUUCUGGAGAGGUGAUGCUGCUCCUCCACCACAUCACACAGCUCUGUGUGGACUGCAAUAGAGGCCAUCUCCAGCACCUGGAAGCCCAAAUCCCUGGAGGGAACCCUCAUGCCCUGGCCCCCCAGGGAGGGAGCAGGUACAUCAGGCUGCACCCACAAGUCACUGCAGUGCCAGGCUGAGCUGCCCCACGGUGCGGGAGCUCGGCCAGCCCACGAUACCCACCCUGCAAACAGCGGCUCCUCCCUGGGCAUGGGCAGGGUCCUCCUGCUGACAGCUCUAAUUCACCUUCCCCGCAUCCCUCCAGAACAAACACGAGCCUUCCCGCUCCUCCUGGCCCCCUCCUCUCCCAGGCGCUGGCGGUUUGGCAGAGCUGCGACGAGCGAGGAGCUCAGACGGAGACACCGUCCCGCGGCACCAGACAUACCGCCUGCCAUCCAAGCACAUUCCCUGUGAGCCCGGGCCAAAGGAAAAGCGGGAGAAAGAGAAAACAAAAUCGCAAAGAUGAGUCGGAGCCGCCUCCCGACGGGCUGGAGCCGCUCCAGCUGCGCAGGAGAGCUGCUCGGAGGUUCUGGCUGUGCUUUCCUCGGCAGUAACCCUUGUGGGCGACGGGGAAUGAAACCCAAAUGCCCUCUAACGGCCUCGCACCAGCGUGCAGAACGUCCCACCGCCGGGAGAGAGGGGCAGCUGCAAGGAGCAGUGGUGCAGGUGACACGUCCAGGUGAGAUACGGACAUUUUAGAUGUGUAUUUCUGGAGUUAAAAAUAAAGGUGUGCUGAUCGAGGUGUGGAGCUUGUCUGGUGCAGGGUGAGCCCAGCCUUGCUGCUCGUGGCCAGCUGGAAACUGGCACAGGGUGGGGCAGCCUGGAAGCACCUCAAUUCAGGCUGCUUAGAGUAUGAAAAGAAAAGAAAAAGGAAGAAAACAUUGUGAAUCAAAGCACUGAACACAUUAUUAGAGUAUAUUAUAUCCUGGAUUCAGUCAUGACCCUUUGCUUUUACC